GAUUUCAUUGUUGCCUAUGAAGAAGUAUUGGAGAAAGGUAAAAUUAAACCUGCACAAGAAAAAUAUAACCAAUGGAGACAGAAAUUCUUUAAAAAUCUUGAAAAGGCUGGAUUGGAGUUGGAAGAGGAAGUAUUGGAAAGUGAGAAAAAAAUAAUAAAUUUUGUGAAACUACAUGCACCGUGGGAUGUUGCUUGUGCUUACGCAGAAGAUUUAGGUCUACAAGCUCCUUUGCAGGCCCAUCCUAACCCCAGUGAUAAUUGGUCAGAGAAGUUAAUACGAUUCUUUCAUAUACCCAAUAUAUUUGCACAUGAUGUUCCCAAUAAACCACUAGACUUUUAUACCUGUAGAUUUAAAAAGUCAAAAUUAGACAGAUUUUUAGGAAAUGAAGACCAUGAUGGUUUUUUCUCUAACACUCAACGAAGUUUUUUAGUAUGGGAGAUCAUGUGUUCUGCGACAUAUGGUAAGAAAAAGAAAGCAGAAGUAGGAAUUGAACGCCUGUUAGAAGAGAAUGUGAUAACAGCUGCUUAUUGUUUACAUGAUGGUGGCUAUACAUUACCUACCCAUUAUGUGGACCAAACAACUUUAAAUAAACGUCAAGUUUUAUAUCAGUACUGGGCGCGCUGGGGUGUCUGGUACAAAUAUCAACCUCUAGAUCAUAUUAGAGAAUACUUCGGGGAGAAAAUAGGAAUUUAUUUUGCUUGGCUAGGUUUUUAUACAGCUUGGUUGUUACCAGCAGCCAUUGUUGGGUUACUAGUUUUUAUUUAUGGUAUUGCUACAGUUAAUAAUAAUGUUCCUGGAAAUGAAGUAUGUGACAGUGGUAAGAAUUAUAAGAUGUGUCCACUGUGUGAUGAAGAUAUUGGUUGUGAAUACUGGUAUUUAUCAGAUGUAUGUUUAUUUAUUGAGGUGGCAUAUUUAUUCGAUCAUCCUGGAACAGUGUUUUACGCUAUUUUUAUUUCUUUCUGGUCUGUUACAUUCCUGGAAUAUUGGAAGAGAAAAAAUGCAAGUUUAGCCCAUCAUUGGGAUGUUUUAGAUUUUGAAGAUGAAGAGGAGCGUCCCAGAACAGAAUAUGCUGCCAAAGCUCCUGAAUGGAAGGAAAACCCUGUAACUGGUAUCAGAGAACCUUAUUUUGAUCCCAGAAAUCGUCUACCACGUAUUUUAUCUGGAAUGGCUGUUCUUGUUAUUAUGGUAGGUAUAAUGUUUUUAGUCAUGAUAUUUAUUGUGGCUGUUAUAAUGUAUCGUGUUCUAGUCAGUAUACCUUUGUUUGAAAAUAAAGAUUUACGAUCUAAAGCUUCAAUGAUUGCUAGUUUAUCAGCUGCUGUGGUCAAUUUAAUCAUCAUUAUGGCUCUGGGUCGUGUUUAUGAAAAACUUGCCUUAAAAUUAACUCAAUGGGAAAUGCAUCGAACACAGUCUGAAUUUGAAGAUCAGUUAACUUUUAAAGUUUUUAUCUUUCAAUUCGUUAAUUUCUAUUCUUCUAUUAUAUAUGUAGCUUUCUUCAAGGGCAAAUUUGUAGGGUACCCUGGUCAUUAUAACAGAUUUUUUGGUCUCAGAAGUGAAGAGUGUAAUAAUGGAGGAUGUCUUAUAGAACUGGCUCAACAACUAGCUGUUAUUAUGAUUGGUAAACAAAUGAUUAACAACAUUCAAGAAAUUGUUGUUCCGAAAGCCAAAGCAAUAUGGCAUCGAUUCCGUGUGAAAAUAGAUAAAAGUGUUCCAAGAAUGAGAUGGGAAGAAGAUUUUGAAUUGAUAGAAAAUGAAGGAUUGUUUCAAGAAUAUUUAGAAAUGGUUUUACAGUUUGGUUUUAUAACCAUAUUUGUAGCAGCCUUCCCCCUAGCCCCAUUAUUUGCGUUGUUAAAUAACUGGAUAGAAAUAAGACUGGAUGCUAAUAAAUUUGUGAGUGAAACUCGACGUCCAGUGGCUGAGAGAGCUAAAAAUAUUGGUGUAUGGUAUACUAUAUUAGAUGCACUGGCUCAGUUGGCUGUCAUUAGCAAUGCGUUUUUAAUUGCAUUUACAUCCGAGUUUUUACCCAGGUUAUUAUACCAAUAUGAAUAUGACUGGGAUUUGAAAGGUUAUACUAAUUUUACACUAGCCACUGCCCCUAAUGGUACUCUCUCACAGGAAUGCAGAUAUCGAGAUUUCCGAGAUGAGAAAGGUGAACAUACUAUAUUUUACUGGAGAUUAAUGGCUAUCAGAUUGGGUUUUGUUAUUAUAUUUGAGCAUGUAGUAUUUGGUGUGUGUAGAUUGAUAGAUGUAUUAGUACCAGAUGUACCAGGAACAUUGGAAUUAAAGAUAAAACGAGAACGUUACCUAGCUAAACAAGCUCUAGCUGAUACUGAGACAAUGUUACUGGUAUGUAUGGUCUUAUUUACCCCAUUGAACACUGAGUGUACAUGA